AUGACUGAAAAGGAGCUAAACAUUGAAUCGAAGGCCGAAGCCUCAUCUGAUCGUGAUGUACAUAUGGCGAGCCUCUCUAUUGAUCCCGUCAAGGAGCGAAAACUACUUUGGAAACUUGAUCUAUGCAUCUGCCCUUUGGUCAUGUCCAUCUUCUUGGUGGCCUAUCUUGAUCGAAGUAACGUAGGGAAUGCCGCUGUCGCUGGGAUGCCCGAGGAUAUUGGUCUAGUUGGAAACCAGCUUGGAAACGCGGUUUCCUUGUUCUACGCCACAUAUGUUUUCUUCGAGAUUCCUUUCUCAAUGCUCCUCAAAAAAUUGCGCCCGAAUAGGUUGAUCGCUAUCUUGAUUAUCGGAUUUAGUGCCACCAUCAUAUCUGCUGGCUUCAUCAAGAAUGUAGCCGGGCUUUACACGACUCGAUUGUUUCUCGGUGUCUUUGAGAGUGGUUUAUUUCCAUGUCUGACUCUUCUACUGACAACUUUCUAUAAGCGAGAAGAGCAAGCACAGAGAAUUUCAUACCUGUUUGUGUCUGCUGCUCUUAGUGGUGGAUUUGGUGGCCUUCUCGCUUUCGGUCUUCUACGACUGGAUGGAACAGCUGGGCUUGAAGGCUGGCGUUGGCUCUUCAUUGUUGAAGGGUUGAUGAGUGCUGUGGUUGGUGUCGCAACAUUUUUCUUCCUGCCAAACAACUACGAAACGGCAUAUUUCCUUACGGAAGAAGAAAAAGAGCUUAUGCGUAUUCGGGCACAGCUUUCAUCACAAUAUGCUGACACUGAUCCAUUCGAUAUUCGCGAGGUCUGGAAGACUCUUCGAGAUGCCAAAAGCUGGUUGACGUCUCUUAACCAAAUUAGUGUGAAUGUGUGCUCCUUUGGAUUCAGCACUUUCUUGCCAACUAUCAUCAAGGGAUUUGGGUAUGGUACAGUGACAACGCAGCUUCUCACUGUUCCUGUUUACAUUUGGGCAUCGGCCUUCUACCUUGCCAUGGCAAAUCUAUCCGAUCGAGUCCGCGGGCGAGCGGUCUUUAUGGUCCCGCUGUGUGGGGUCACAGCAAUUGGCUAUGCCAUGAUGCUAAGUAUCCCUGUUCAUGAUAGGGGUCCACUCUAUUUUGCAACCUAUGUCUGUGUGACUGGCAUAUACUCCGUGGUUGGGUUGGGUGUAUCUUGGAAUGCCAAUAGCCAUGCUGGCUAUUAUAAGAGAAGCAUGGCCGUCGGUUUGCAGCAGACUAUCGGAAAUUGUGCUGGUUUGAUCGCUGGCCAAAUUUACAAGUCAACUGUAAACGGCCGCUACGUUCUCGGCCAUUCCGUCUCUCUUGCCGCCAUCUGCGUCGCAUUUUUUGGAAACGUCGGCAUGUAUCUUCUUUUGAGAUACCACAAUAAUAAGCGGGCGAGAAUGUCGCACGAAGAGCGCGAAACCAUCAUCAACUCCGGGUCAUACGAGAAGAAGGGAGGAGACUAUCAUCCGGAUUUCCGCUACAUCUUGUGA